GGCCCAAAUCGUAACGACAUUUAAAAAACCAAAUUCCCAGGAAACUACUUCCUGUGAUUAUCCCAAUCCCAUCACCCAAACACACGCGGACUCAUUUAUAUACCAAAAUUUUCAACCAUAUUUCAAAAACCAAACAAACAAAAAAGAGAAAAAAAAAAUCGGUUUUUCUUGGUUUGACCCAAAUCCUCGUGAUUACAGGAUUCUUAAUUUAAGUGGAUCUCAUCGUCUCUGUAAAAUUACAGCUUAUAACUUUCCUUUAACGAGAUUUCUAUUUCUUCUAAUCAAGGUUUCCGCCUUCUUCAAGGAAUUUCGACUCUCAAUUCGAUUGCUUCUCUAAGGGUUGGAAUCGGUUCCCUGUUGAAGGACGGGAAAUCGGAUAUGCAGAGCCAGCUUGUGUGUAGUGGCUGUAGGAGCAUUCUUCUUUAUCCUAGAGGGGCUACAAAUGUUUGUUGCGCGUUAUGCAAUACAGUUACCCAAGUCCCUCCCCCUGGGAUGGACAUGGCUCAACUCAUUUGUGGAGGUUGUCGAACAUUACUAAUGUAUACACGCGGAGCAACAAGUGUAAGAUGCUCUUGCUGUCAGACCAUUACCCUUGCGCCAGCAUCCAACCAGAUUGCUCACAUCAAUUGCGGACACUGCCGUACAACAUUAAUAUAUCCAUAUGGAGCUCCAUCAGUCAAAUGUGCUGUUUGUCAAUAUGUAACUAAUGUUGGAAUGGGCAAUGUGAGGGUUCCACUUCCCGUAAACAGACCUAAUGGAGUAGCUGCGACGGGGACAACACCAUCUACUUCAACAAGCCAAACAGUUGUCGUUGAGAACCCCAUGUCUGUUGACGAGAGUGGCAAAUUGGUGACCAAUGUCGUGGUUGGCGUAACGACAGACAAGAAAUGAUGGGAUGAGAAUUUUGAGUUUGAUUGCUCUUUUAUUUGAUACGAGAAUGCAUACAAACAUUGUUAUGACUGCUGGAAAGAUAGGAAUGGAAAUCGGUUUGUGUAUAUUAUGUUGACAAUGGGAAACAAUGAACAUUUAUUGAAGAAUGUGUGAUGUGCAUUUGGAGUAAUGAGAGGUGGGGAAAGUGUCAUUUAUAUGAUUUGCCAAACUGAAAUAAUGUUUGCUUAGCCGAGUGAAUGUGUUCAUCUACUAGAUAAUUUCUCUGCUUCUGUCAAA